UGUCAAACAGGAAAUGACUAUGACUCUGAGCUCCAGAGACUUUAGCUGAAGAAAGUCUGUGGUUGUCAAACAAAUUGAGAGUGUGUGAACGUUGUGCGUUAUGGCCCAGGGAAAAGAUCCAAACUUUGGGCAUCCAGCAGGCACUAAUUCAGCCCUUCAGAAGCUGGACACCUUAGCAAGCCGAUUUUUUUACAAAUAUCGCAAAGGGAGCCAGGAGAAAACGCUAGAAAAUGAGGGGCCGCAUGUGUCAGAAUACACUGUUCUUUGGGACACAACAAUGAAAGAAUACUUGGCCAAAGCCAAAGAGGAUUUCAUAAGAAAAUGGGAGAGUCAAGCACAGAACACAUCGUGUCUGGAUGAGUUUGAUAGACUCAGAACUCUCGGCACAGGCUCUUUUGGAAGAGUGAUGCUGGUCAAACACAGACAAACGGGACAAUAUUAUGCUAUGAAGAUCCUGGACAAACAAAAAGUGGUAAAGCUCAAACAGAUAGAACACACAUUAAACGAGAAGAAAAUAUUACAGGCGGUCUCUUUUCCUUUUCUUGUGAAGCUCGAGUAUGCUUUUAAGGAUAAUUCAAAUUUAUAUAUGGUCAUGCAGUAUGUCCAAGGUGGUGAGAUGUUUUCACAUCUGAGACGAAUUGGGAGAUUCAGUGAGCCGACCGCUCGGUUCUAUGCAGCUCAGAUUGUCCUCACAUUUGAGUAUCUUCAUGCCCUGGACCUCGUCUAUAGGGACCUGAAACCUGAAAAUCUGCUCAUUGAUCAGCAGGGAUACAUCCAGGUGACGGACUUUGGUUUUGCCAAAAGAGUUAAAGGCCGAACCUGGACGUUGUGCGGUACACCAGAAUACCUGGCACCAGAGAUCAUCCUCAGCAAGGGCUACAAUAAAGCUGUUGACUGGUGGGCAUUGGGCGUCCUGAUCUAUGAAAUGGCUGCUGGAUAUCCACCCUUCUUUGCUGAUCAGCCUAUUCAGAUCUAUGAGAAAAUUGUGUCUGGCAAGGUACGAUUGCCGUCCCAUUUCAGCUCAGAUCUGAAAGAUCUUCUGCGUAAUCUGCUGCAGGUGGACCUCACGAAGCGCUUUGGCAAUCUGAAGAACGGAGUCAACGACAUCAAAAACCACAGAUGGUUCGCUACAACAGACUGGAUUGCAAUCUUUGAAAAGAAGGUUGAUGCCUCAAUUAUACCAAAGUGCAAAGGACCUGGAGACACAAGUAACUUUGAUGAAUAUGAAGAGGAAGAUGUCAGGGUGUCUGUCACAGAGCAAUGUCCUAAAGAGUUCCUGGAGUUCUAGAUAUUCAGUUCUUUAUUUUAGCUAAAAGAAAAAUACUUGAGUACUCGGCUGCAUAUGAAGCCUAUUAAAAGCACACCCUUCUGUACUUAUAUUUAAUACCAUUAUUACAAUUUUGUGCAUUUUUAAGAUCAUUUUGUUGAGUAAUUUAUGCAAUAAAAUAUUGUUAGGGUGCUACUGGUUUUCAGAUUUUUCUACAUAAUUGUUCAUUAUGUUCUAUCAUUAUGUUACGUUCAGUAUUAUUCUAGAAUUAAACAAAGGUCAACUUCCAUGUGAGCAAAACUCUGCUGGAUCAGGAUCAAACAUUAAACUUGAUCUUGAUAUGGUUCUGCAUUCAACUGAAACCGAACGUGUCUCAAAUUGCACAUAAAAUAUCUACAGUUGAAUUAGUUGUUCAUAUUGCUCUCAUUCAUCGAAUGAUUUAUAAUAGCUUUUUUAGGGAAUUUCAAUAUUUGCUGUAUAUAUUUUAGAACAAAUUGUUUAAAAUAAAGAAAU